AUGUCUGCUAAUGCUUGGCGGCCUCUGAAUGCAGCGUCGAAGCAUUCCCAGUUUUCCAUGGAUCUCUUUGACCAAUGGCGAGCGGAGCAGAGGGAGGCGAUUGCAGAUCGGGGGAGUGACCCCGAUCCCGCUGUUGAGGAGGCGCACAAUAACUUCAUGCUGAGACAGAACCUUAACGCAUAUAUUUGUUACAAGCAACUCGAUGAAUACACAGCGUGCCUCGAGAAGCAUAAUCUGAUAGAACAUGGUGAUGAUCGCCGUGAAAUUAACACGAGGAACAGCAUAAACGAAAAGAAAUGCCGCGCUACGCACAAUGCCUACGUAGGGUGCAUGGGGUCGCGGCUUAACCAUGAAACUUUGCUACAAAAUGCUGCACUCCACUCCAGUUGUGCUUCGCACCACGUGUCCCUCAUGGAAUGCUACAAUACAAACCGGGAGGUUGAGACAAGUACGGAAGUGCCCCAAUGUGUGCCAUUUUAUCGCCGCUUGAUACGGUGUGGUCUGAAUCACCUAUGGAAUGACUAUUGGCGUGCACUGACGAACUUCGGAGAGGCGGAGGACUAUCACUUGUACGAGCUUUCUAGGGAUGAGAACAAGAAGCAGGAGUUUUUACGUGCCAUUACUUCUUCUGUGGAGGAACAGCGGAAUUACCUUCGCACCCGGCGGGAACAGGAGAAGGGUUAUUUUCUUUCAAAUCCAAGUGAUCAAGUUAAGGGCGACACGAAGGGUUAG